GCGGGCGAAAUGCCAUCGGCGAACGCUUGGCCGUGGUGAGUUUGCUGUGGUGCUGCUGCUUCGUGCCGUGUUGAUAAAGAUUCUGUGAAUUUUCAAGUAUUUCCCAGCAAAAGGAUGGCCGACGGCAGCGAGAAGACGAUUGCCGAUGAAAUCGUGGUGACAAAAUACAAGACAGCUGGUGAAAUUGUAAAUAGGACUCUCAAGACUCUGCUGGAGCAUUGCGUGGCCGGCGCCUCGGUCAAGGAACUAUGUGACAUGGGCGAUAAACUCGUGACGGAGGAGACAGGAAAGGUGUACAAGAAGGAGAAGGAGCUGAAGAAAGGCAUAGCAUUCCCGACGUGUCUCUCGGUGAACAACUGCGUCUGCCACUUCUCGCCCAUCAAGAGUGAGCCCGACUACACUCUGAAGGACGCGGACGUGGUGAAGAUCGACUUGGGGGCACAUAUCGAUGGCUUCAUCGCCGUGGUGGCGUUCACGACGAUUGUGGGCGCCACGGCGGACACGCCGGCCACGGGACGCAAGGCGGACGCCGUGCUGGCGGCCUACUGGGCCAGCGAGGCCGCGCUCAGGAUCCUGAAGGCCGGGAAUGGUAACUACAAGAUCACCGAGGGCGUCCAGAAAGUCAGCGAGGCGUUCAAGUGCAAGCCAAUCGAGGGCAUGCUGAGCCACCAGCUGAAGCAGUUCAAGAUUGACGGCGAGAAGACCAUCAUUCAGAACCCCAACGAUGCACAGAAGAAGGAGCACGAGAAGUGCGAGUUCGACGUGCACGAGGUGUACGCCAUGGACGUGCUGGUGAGCACGGGCGAGGGUGUGGGCAAGGAGCAGGACACGAAGGUGGCGAUCUUCAAGAAGACGGACGAGAAUUACCAGCUGAAGCUAAAGGCCUCGCGCGCCUUCCUGUCCGAGGUGAAGAGCAAAUUCGGGACGAUGCCAUUCAACUUGCGACACUUCGAGGAGGAGACCAAGGCUCGGAUGGGCGUCGUUGAGUGUGUGUCACACAAAGUCAUCGAGCCAUUCCAGGUUCUCUACGAAAGACCGACCGAAUUUGUGGCACAGUUCAAACACACUGUUCUUCUGCUGCCCAACGGCGUGACUCUCGUCACUGGCCUCGACUUUCCGGAGGAUCACUACAAGAGUGAGCACAGCGUGACGGAUCCGGAGCUCAAGGAGCUGCUGAGCCACGCAGUGAGUAAAGGUGGCAAGAAGAAGAAAAAGAAGGCGGCCGCUGAGGUGAAGGCCCAGGAACCAGUUCCGGAUGCCACGGAAGCUGCCAAUGCGUAACUCAAUCUUCCUUCCCGCGAUUGCGAUUGUCUCUGGCGCCUUUUGGAUACCAUCUCUUCUGCCCUGUGUUUUCCUCCAUUACAACUGACACACACCCGAACUGUUCCCGUGAGACACUCAGUGACUGGAUUGAUGACCGUGAAUUUCAAUAAAGUGAAGAGACAAAUCCUC